CUGAAAAAAAAUCCCUUGUUUCUAGGCAACGAAUGUCAACUAACCAGCGCGGCUUCAAACUGGACAGGAGAGGCAUCACAAAACAACAUUUCUGCACAUCUCAGUGGCUUUAAACGGUGUGUUUUAACACACAGUGCCGGUGCCAGUUUGUGAAAUGCUAAAUCAAAACCUUGAUCGAAAAUUUCCCGCUGAUCACAGAAGAUGUAACCCUCAAGAUAACUCUAAAGGACAAGGACACUGGAGUAACUCCACCAAAGCACAUGACAAUGUGGCAGCUGUGAGGAACAGAGACGGAGCUGAUGGACCAUUUCCACUCAAGCCUGUUUACCAUGUAAGAGCUGCCACCGUCAGGACACAAGACUCACUUGAUCCAUGUGAGGUUGAAAAAUCUGGUUUGGCACAGCCGAGAGGUCAUUCAGAGGUCAAUACCAAGAGGAUAAACUGCAACAGGCGACAAAUGGUGGUCCCUUUAUUGUCCCAAGAGCAGCUUUCAGAUGGUAUCAGAGAGGCCCCUGGAUCUCAGCAACCAAUGACAGACUGGCACAGUCUGGCCAGGUAUGAACAAGAGAUCGCCAAGGCAAUUAAUGAGAAUACACUCAUACUGCUGGAGAAUCUGCUGAGCCUCGGAAAAAAACUGGAAGAAAACAGCCGGAGGGAGAGGAGUGGUGCUACUGCAGCUGACGGACAACACCGUGAGGAGGAGAGGCGACGCAGAAGACAAGCAGAAGAGGAAAAGGGGUGGAGAGAGAACAGGUUGCCACCGGCUGAGGAACAGAAGACAGGAUCAGUAAGAAGAAGAGAAACAGUGACGCAGGGCAAGGGAGAACAAGAUACUAAACAUCAGAGAAAGAAGCAAGACUCGUGGAAAAAUGACAGAAUGAGGAAGACACAUGAAGGCCGGAGCAGAGGGGACGCAAGGGAAACAAGGGAAGGGAAGCCUCAGUCAAAAAUAGAUAAAAAUGGAGUUCCUCAGGAGAUCAUAUCUCAUCAAAGGAUGGAGGAUGGAGAGCUGAACAGACAGAGGUGGAAUAGUGUGAAAGACCAGAGUAGAAGAAGAGGAGGGGAUGACAUAGAUAUUACAGUGGCAGGAGAAACCAAAGUGAGAUCACAGCAUGAAAAGGAGAAAGCAAAAGACAGAGAACAAAAUAGGUCACGUAAAGUGGAUGAAGAAUGGACCGGUGAAAAGAGGCAUAAGGAACAAUCAUCUAAGGACAAAUACGGCUCAAAUGAUGACACAAGGAAACAAGGCGCACCUCACAAGAGGCAGCAGAAGUCUGCUUCCAGACUGGAGGCAGAGAACCACAGUGGCAAGGGAAGAGCAUCUGGGGAACCGUUGCUCACACCAGGUUCUGGUUCUUCUCAGUCCAGCAGACUGCAGCAGGCUGAGCUGGACCCUGAGGGUGCAGACAGCAGCCACAAGCGUCUUCCUUGCAACAUCUGCCACAGAUGUUUUUGGGCUGACAGAUUAGAGACGCACAUCAAAAUCUGUGAAAGGACACAUCAGGCCCAGCGCAAAGUCUUCAACUCCUCCCAUCACAGGACAAAGGGAACAUCCCUGGAGGAGUUCUUGAGAACCCAUCCAAGAAGCAAGACUCCAGAGAGAAAGAGUCGGAGGCAUAACUCUGAGGUCCUAACAAGGAACACGCGCCAGGAUCGUCUAGCAGGUGGCGCCUCAGACCCAAACCCGUCUGUCCAGCCCAACCCCGACUACGAGACGUGCCCUCACUGUUCCAGACGGUUUUCCCCUAAAGCGGCACAGCGACACAUCUCCAAGUGCGAGCACAUCAAAAGUCGCCCUCCACCGCCUCGCUGUCGUCAGUAGAAGAAAAUCACACCUGAGUUUUUGCAGGCCACCUAUCAGCAUUUUGUUUCAUAUCUUUUCUACCUCAUAUUCCUGCUCCUGUGAUAUUUAUUUAUUUGUGUGUUUGUAUCUAAGAUCAUUUAGCCUGUGCACAACUACAGCUCUAUUAUAGAAAAGAGCACAACACCUUAACACCUAGACUCAUUGUGUAUAAUUAGUCAUAGUAUCAUUCAAGUUAUAUUGUGUUAAAUAAUGAUUUAGCACACAUAACAAAAGAUAGCAUUUGGUUUUAUUUGUUUUUUCUUUGUUUUGUUUGUUUUUUUAACACAAAGCAAGAAAUAGCAGUGUGACUUAUUGAGUGAGCAUUUAGACCACUGGUACAUCUCAUCAAUAUUUGGUAAGCUGUUGACACACAAUGAUAAGGCACAUCUUUUAAAUGCUGACAACUGUAUAAAAACUUAUAACUAAAGCAAA